AUGUCAAAUCCCUCUAAACCACCAUCUCCUUUUAAAGACGAUACUGAGCAUGCCUCAAGGUCAGCAUCCAACGGCCUGUCGUCCAUGUCGCCGUUUGAUGAUAGUUUUCAAUUUGAAAACCCUAGUAAUGCACACGGAAAUAUUGAAAUAGCGAAGACCAGCGAUUCUGUUUUGAAACGACAAUCUAAGCCCAUGAAAGACAUUAGUACGCCCGAUCUAUCAAAAGUUACUUUUGAUGGAACCGACGAUUAUAGUAACGAUAAUGAUAUUGAUGACGACGAUGAAUUUAAAGGUAAAAAAGCCGAGAUACACGAACACGAAAAUGAAGUUUACGAUGACCUCCAUUCGUUUCAGGCAACACCGAUGCCUAAUACGAGAGGGUUUGAUGAUGUUGAACUAGACAACAAUGAAAGCAGCAAUAAUGAUUUGCAGACGGACCAUAAAAUGAAAAGAGUACGUUUCGGUACAAGAAGAAAUAAGUUAGGUAGAAUGGAUGUAAGUAGGUCAAAAACUUUAAAAUGGGCCAAAAAGAACUUCCAUAAUGCCAUUGAUGAAUUUAGUACCAAAGAAGAUAGCAUUGAAGAUUCGGCUCUGCAAAAUAGAUCUGAUGAAUUAAGAACUGUGUUCUAUAAUUUGCCCUUACCGGAGGACAAGCUUGAUGAAGACGGUUUACCGUUGAUCGUUUAUCCUCGUAAUAAAAUCAGAACUACAAAAUAUACCCCAUUAACAUUUUUCCCCAAGAACAUCCUUUUCCAAUUUCACAAUUUCGCCAAUAUUUACUUUUUGAUACUGCUGAUCCUAGGUGCUUUCCAAAUAUUUGGUGUGACGAAUCCAGGCUUUGCAUCCGUGCCCUUGAUUGUUAUUGUUAUCAUCACCGCGAUUAAGGAUGGUAUUGAGGAUUCUAGAAGAACUGUAUUGGAUUUAGAAGUUAAUAAUACAAGAACGCAUAUUCUAACUGGCGUGAAUAAUGAAAACGUGGCCUUUGAUAAUGUUUCUUUAUGGAGACGGUUUAAAAAGGCAAAUACUAGAGCUUUGGUGAAGACUUUUGAAUAUUUCUCGGAGAAUCUCACUGCUGCUGGUAGAGAAAGAAAAACGCAAAGAAAGAGGGAAGAAUUACGUAGGAAGAGAAACUCAAGAAGCUCUGGUCCCCGUGGUUCCCUAGAUUCCAUUGGUAGCUAUAGAAUGUCUGCUGAUUAUGGUCGUCCUUCUUUAGAUUACGAUAACUUAAACCAAACAAUAUCACAAGCAAAUAAUAACAGAGACAGUGAUGAUGAAAAUUUGGUUGAUAGAACGUUACAGCCAGCGCCUGAGUGUAGAUUUGCCAAAGAUUAUUGGAAAAAUGUCAAAGUUGGUGAUAUUGUUCGUGUUCACAACAACGAUGAAAUCCCCGCUGAUCUAAUUUUACUAUCGACAUCAGAUGUAGAUGGUGCUUGCUAUGUGGAAACCAAAAAUUUGGAUGGUGAAACAAAUCUAAAGGUUCGUCAAUCAUUAAAAUGCAGCAAGACUAUCAAGAGUUCAAGAGAUAUUGCCCGAACAAAGUUUUGGGUGGAGAGUGAAGGGCCUCAUGCCAACUUGUACUCUUACCAAGGUAAUUUCCAAUGGCAGGAUACUCAAAAUGGUAAAAUCAAAAAUGAACCAGUUAACAUCAAUAACGUGUUACUCAGAGGCUGUACCUUGAGAAAUACUAAGUGGGCUAUGGGUAUGGUCAUAUUUACUGGUGAUGACACUAAGAUCAUGAUAAACGCUGGUGUUACCCCAACCAAAAAGUCCAGAAUUUCAAGAGAGCUGAAUUUUUCAGUGCUUUUGAAUUUUGGAUUAUUGUUUAUCCUAUGUUUUGUUGCUGGUAUCGUUAAUGGUGUCUAUUAUAAACAGAAACCGCAGUCGAGAGAUUUUUUCGAAUUUGGUACCGUUGCAGGCUCUGCAUCCACAAAUGGUUUUGUUUCCUUUUGGGUGGCAGUUAUUCUCUAUCAAUCACUAGUUCCAAUUUCCUUAUACAUCUCCGUGGAAAUCAUCAAGACGGCGCAGGCUAUUUUUAUUUACACCGAUGUUCUCUUGUAUAAUGCCAAGCUAGAUUAUCCAUGUACACCAAAAUCCUGGAACAUAUCCGAUGAUUUAGGUCAAAUUGAAUAUAUAUUCUCCGAUAAAACAGGAACGUUGACACAAAAUGUCAUGGAAUUCAAGAAAUGUACCAUUAACGGUAUUUCCUAUGGACGUGCCUAUACGGAGGCGUUGGCUGGUUUGAGAAAAAGACAAGGUAUCGAUGUUGAGUCUGAAGGCCAUCGUGAAAAGGAGGAGAUAGCAAAGGAUAGAGAAAUAAUGAUUGAUCAGUUAAGGUCAAUGAGUGAGAAUUCGCAGUUUUCUCCGGACGAGUUAACUUUCGUAUCAAAGGAAAUUGUGGGAGAUCUAGAGGGGUUCAGUGGUGAUAACCAACAGAAAUGUUGUGAACACUUCCUGCUGGCACUAGCUUUAUGUCAUUCUGUUCUUGUGGAACCAAAUAAGGACGAUCCUAAAAAACUGGACAUUAAGGCUCAAUCACCUGACGAAUCUGCUUUAGUCUGCACCGCCAGACAAUUAGGGUAUAGCUUCGUAGGUAAUACCAAAAAUGGAUUGAUUGUUGAAAUCCAAGGCGUUCAAAAGGAAUUUCAAGUAUUGAACAUACUUGAAUUCAAUUCGUCUAGGAAGAGAAUGAGUUGUAUCAUCAAAGUUCCGGGUCUUGCACCGAGCGAUGAACCCAAAGUGCUAUUGAUCUGUAAAGGUGCGGAUUCUGUUAUCUACUCAAGAUUGAACCGUACUCAGAACGACGCUACUUUAUUGGAAAGAACAGCCCUUCAUUUGGAAGAAUAUGCCACAGAAGGUUUAAGGACAUUGUGUUUGGCACAGAGAGAACUUUCAUGGUCCGAAUAUGAACGCUGGGUUAAAACCUACGAUGUGGCCGCUGCAUCCGUGACUAACAGGGAAGAAGAACUGGAUAAAGUCACGGAUGUCAUUGAACGUGAGCUCAUCUUACUGGGUGGUACGGCCAUUGAAGAUCGUUUACAAGAUGGUGUUCCUGAUUCAAUCGCCCUGCUAGCUGAAGCUGGUAUAAAGUUAUGGGUCUUGACAGGUGACAAAGUGGAAACUGCCAUUAACAUUGGGUUUUCCUGUAACGUUUUGAACAAUGAUAUGGAACUACUAGUAGUAAAAGCCGGUGGAGAAGAUGUGGAAGAAUAUGGUAAUGAUCCCGCUUCGGUAGUGAGUAGUUUGCUAACGAAGUACUUGAAAGAAAAAUUCGACAUGAGUGGAUCCGAAGAGGAGUUGAAAGAGGCCAAAAACGAGCACGGUUUGCCACAGGGAGAUUUUGCUGUUAUCAUCGAUGGUGACGCAUUGAAAAUGGCAUUGAAUGGUGAAGAAAUGAGGCGUAAGUUUUUGCUGUUGUGUAAGAAUUGUAAAGCUGUCUUAUGUUGUAGAGUAUCUCCAGCACAGAAGGCUGCAGUGGUCAAACUGGUCAAGAACACUUUAGAUGUUAUGACUUUGGCCAUUGGCGAUGGUUCUAACGAUGUGGCCAUGAUUCAAUCUGCAGACGUCGGUGUAGGUAUUGCAGGUGAAGAAGGUAGACAAGCUGUCAUGUGUUCUGAUUAUGCCAUUGGGCAGUUCAGAUACGUGACAAGAUUGAUGUUAGUGCACGGUAAAUGGUGUUAUAAAAGGUUGGCGGAGAUGAUUCCACAGUUUUUCUACAAGAAUGUUAUUUUCACGUUGGCGCUAUUCUGGUAUGGUGUUUACAAUAGCUACGACGGAUCGUAUUUGUUUGAAUACACGUAUCUGACAUUUUAUAACCUGGCAUUCACGUCCGUGCCAGUCAUACUACUAGCUGUAUUAGACCAAGAUGUCUCCGACACCGUCUCGAUGCUGGUGCCGCAAUUGUACCGUGUGGGUAUUUUAAGAAAGGAAUGGAACCAAACGAAAUUUCUUUGGUACAUGCUGGAUGGUAUAUACCAGUCAGUGAUAUGUUUUUUUUUCCCCUAUUUGGUAUAUCACAAGAACAUGAUUGUGACCGAUAACGGAAUGGGACUAGAUCAUCGUUACUUCGUAGGUGUCUUCGUCACCGCAAUUGCUGUCACCUCAUGCAAUCUUUACGUUUUCAUGGAGCAGUACAGAUGGGACUGGUUCUGUUGGUUAUUCAUAGCGCUGUCAUUACUUGUGUUUUAUGGCUGGACAGGGAUCUGGACAAGCUCGUCGUCGAGCAACGAGUUUUACAAGGGCGCAGCUCGCGUGUUCGGACAGCCUGCGUUCUGGGCCGUCCUCUUCGUCGGCGUGCUAUUCUGUUUACUACCCAGGUUUACCAUUGAUUGUAUAUUCAAGAUCUUCUAUCCAAGAGACAUAGAGAUCGUCAGAGAAAUGUGGCAGCGCGGCGAUUUCGACCGCUACCCACAAGGGUAUGACCCCACGGACCCUGACAGGCCCAGAAUAGACGACUCCCAAACGUUCACGGACUUCAAGGAGCCCAUCUCGCUGGACACUCAUCUCGACGGCAUCAGCCACUCACAGGAAACCAUAAUCACAGAAGAAAUCCCCAUGAGCAUACUCGAGGGUCAGAAGGGCUCGCGCAAGGGAUUCCGCGUGUCUACUACCCUGGACCGUCGUGACCAACUCGACCCCGUCACCAUCGCAAUGAACUUACCAAGAAGGUCUAUGGCCAGCGCCCGCGGCAAUAAGCUCAGAACUUCACUGGACCGCACAAGAGAAGAGAUGUUAGCCAGCAACCAGUUGGACACAAGAUACUCUAUAGAAAGGGCACGCGCCUCACUGGACCUGCCGGGCAUCAACCAUGCGGAGACGCUGCUCAGCCAGCACAGCCGAGACCAACCUCGUUAA